GCUUGCUGUGCCAGGAAGCAUGUGUGACUGUCUUUGCAAGUCACACCACAAGCAGACGUGAUGGAUACUCUCAAUGGCACGCUUUUACUUUGCUUCUUUUUAUGCCAGGUUUCAAUCAUAUGCAUUGAAGCAUCUUCCUGGACCAUUGAUUUGCCAUCCACAGUCAAAGGACUCCUUGGAUCCUGUGUGGUGAUUCCCUGCUCGUUUAACUAUCCCAGUCCAAGGAAGGCAGUCAAGAAAUUCACUGGGCUUUGGUUUGAUGGAGGAAAUCACCUGGUUUAUCACCCUGCCGGCACUACAGUAGUACAGCAGUAUCACGGUCGAAUUGAGAUGGUGGGAGACAUCAGAGCCAAGAACUGCUCAUUUAAGAUUGACCCUCUUCGACAAAGCGACACAGGUCCUUUUCAUUUCAGGGUUGAAAUGGAAGACUAUGAGCAGUUUUCCUACAGAGGUGACACCGUCUCCAUCGCUAUGAUACGUGAACUAAGUCCUAUCAAUUUAACUGUGAAGGAAGUAAUGGACGGUCCAAAUGUGACUGCAUCCUGUUCUGUCACUCACUCAUGUCCCGCCUCUCCUCCGGUCUUCUUCUGGAGUCACUAUGGACAAGAACAUUAUGGAGCACAAGCGCUGGACAAUGGCCAAUGGGAAGCUACUUCCACAUUGACUUUUCCUAUCGAUGCUGAUAAUAAGAACACGCAUUUGCAAUGCGCUGUAACAUACAAGGGAGGACAGCAACAGAAAGCAUCCAAGAUCCUGAACAUCAAAUAUGCCCCUAAGGAUGUUAAAGUUGAAUACAAAGCAGGCAUCAAGGAGGGAGAGGUUGUGCAUUUGAUAUGCAGCUGUGAUGCGAACCCUCCUGCCAGCAGCUAUGAGUGGCAUGACGACCACGGUGCUGAACUGUACAAGGGGAGGCUUUUGUUGCUGCCAAAGGUCUCGAGACACACAGGCGUCCUGUACUGUACUGCCAUCAACAUAGUGGGAAAAGCGAAAUCAGGACCUGUGCAGCUUGAUGUAGCAUAUGCCCCUGAGAUUAAGAAUGUGUCUUCUUGCUCCUUGGAGCAUGAAAUGGUAAAGUGUGUGUGCAUUGCAGAGUCCAACCCCCCCAGCAGUGUCUAUUUUGUACUUCCCAACGGCACCGUCCUAACAAAAGCCAACAUAGAAAUACAAAAGUCAGUUACCAUCGGGACUCUGCAGGCACAUUUUCCUUCCUUUGGCUUUGUCUCCUGUGUGGUGAAUAACAGCAUCGGCGGUGCUAACACCAUCAUCAUGUUACCUGGCAAGAUGCUGAGUCUUUAUAUUUAUAUUAUUAGCGCAGCUGGAGCACUUGCAGUGAUGGUGGUAAUUGUCAUCAUAGUGGUGGUAAAAAAAUGUAGGCGAACAACCAACGUGCCUGUUACGGAGGACCAGAAAACAGUGCCCCCCCUUCAAACAGUCGCAGCAGCAAGGAAACGCGUGGAGGCUGAUCACAGAAACAUGUACAGUAAUCAUACCUAUGGAAACAUGAGGGAGGUUGAGUGGACUACAGACUGCAAUGCAAUUUACAGCAACUUGUAGAAUGGACCCUUGAGAAAUGACCAGGAGCGUCUUGUCAUUGUGGGGUUUCUGGAAUAUAUUUGUGCAAAUAUUUGCACACUAUUUUCAGCAAAGAAAAAAAAGUAUCUUUUUCUUCUCACAUGCUCAGUUGAAGCAAUUGAUUAUAUGCGGCAUGAGCCUCUUUGAAUACAUAGAAAAGCGCUAUAUAAAUGUGAUGUAUUAUUACUGUUAUUUGUAAAUCACCUUGUGAUUGCUGUCCCUCCGUUCCUUAUUUGUAACUGUAUCAUUGAAU